AUGCUCGGAAAAGUAGCACUUGAGGAGGCGUUUGCCCUCCCGCGAAAUGCAGAGAUUACAGAGUGGUGGGCAGGACUCUUCGCCAUCGACCCUGCGAAGCACACAAAGGAGAUCAACGACAUCAACAAGCUGCGAAUUCAGAAGAUGGACGAGCAUGGCGUAGGCUACAAGAUUCUUUCAUACACAGCACCUGGUGUGCAAGACGUAUGGGAGAAGCCAAAGGCCGAUGCUCUCGCUGUGGAAGUGAACGAUCACCUUGCCAACUCCAUAAAGGGCCACGAAGACCGAUUGGGCGGCUUCGCUACCCUUUCCAUGCACGAUCCACAGACAGCAUCUGCAGAACUUAGGAGAUGUGUCAAGGACUACGGAUUUAAGGGAGCUCUUGUCAACGACACUCAGCGCAACGACGAGUCUGGGAGCUCCAUGAUCUUUUACGAUGGCCCUGGGUGGGAUUCUUUCUGGGAAACAGUCCAAGAUCUCGACGUUCCGUUCUAUCUCCACCCACGAAACCCCACUGGCGUAUUCUACGACAAGCUAUGGGCACCCAGGAAGUGGCUGCUCGGUCCUCCGUUGAGCUUUGCGCAAGGUGUCUCCCUCCAUUUGCUCGGUAUGGUCACCAAUGGUGUCUUCGAUCGGUUCCCGAAGCUCAAGGUCAUCAUCGGCCACCUUGGCGAGCACAUCCCGUUCGACCUCUGGAGAAUCAACCACUGGUUCGAAGAUAUCAAGAAGCCGCUGGGUCUGGACUGCAAGAAGACCAUCAGGGACUACUUCCAACAGAACAUCUGGAUCACGACCAGCGGUCACUUUUCGACACCUACGUUGAAGUAUUGUAUUGAAGAGAUUGGUGUGGAACGAAUCUUAUUCUCCAUCGACUUCCCGUUCGAGUCCUUUGAGGAUGCGUGUAACUGGUACGAUGGCAUUGACAAUGCUCUUGAUUCCAAGCAAGAUGUGCUUGACAUUGGCAGAGAGAAUGCCAAGAAGCUGUUGAAGCUGGAUGCUUUCAAGGACGACAAGGCACCACUUUGA